CAAUAUAAGCGCUGAAAUCGAGCGCGUACGCGUCUCCCUCUGCCUACUACAUUAUUAUUCAUCCACCAAUCACUCACAUUCUCUCUCUCUCUCUCUCUCCUCUCUUUGUUUCUUUCUCUCUCUCGACACAGCAGCAGUAGUAGCCCAGCAGCUUUUUUUGAACUGUCAUUUGAGGCUGCCGACGGUGUUGGUGGAGCUCAAAACAAACACAGCAGCAUAAAUCUUUUCCUUUUCGAUGUUUUUUUAGUUUAAUUUAAUUUAUUUCUUUGAUUUUAGUUCAAUUAAAUUCCUCCUAAUAAAAAUAAAAACGACGUCAUCGGCUGUAUUUGCCUCCUUGGCUCUCCAUUCGCGUGCCCUCCUUUUACGCUCUCUGUCAGAUUUCUCCCUUCCUCUUCGUUCCGUCUCAUCCCAUCUCUCUCUCUCUCUCUCUCUCUCUGUGUCAACAUAUAAGUCUCGUCUCUUCUGUCCGUUUUCUUCACUUCUCUCUCUAGCCCGGGAUUUUUUUCUCUCUCUAGGGUUGUUUUUGGAGUUUGAGCUCUCUCUCUCACCCUUUUCUCUGUCUGUUUCAAGAACACAGAAAGAUCACGUCUUUCUCUAUUUUAUCAUCAUCCCAAUUCUCACUGUUAUCAGUCUAGGCGGGGAUGCGUCGUAGUAGACGAAGUGUGGUUCCGUCGUGCACUUAAGCAGAAAUCGGUUGAAUGGCUGGUGAAGGCACUAGGAAUUUACGGAGUUUCCUUUGCUGCUGCAAUUUCAUUCCUUUAAAGAAAAUUGAUUGUUUGACGCAGACAUUAGCCUCGUUAUUUCUAUCAGCUGAUACAUUAUGAGGAGUUUCGGUUUGAGGCAAUGGACAGUUAUACUUGCUCCUGGAAAUGAAGGAGAGACAACGUUGGAGUGCUGAAGAGGACGCUUUGUUAAGUGCAUAUGUGAAGCAAUAUGGGCCAAGGGAGUGGAACCUUGUAUCACAGCGCAUGAACACAACCCUAGACAGGGAUGCCAAAUCUUGCUUAGAAAGGUGGAAGAACUAUCUCAAACCUGGCAUUAAGAAAGGAUCCCUAACGGAAGAGGAGCAACGCCUUGUCAUUUGUCUUCAAGCCAAACACGGAAAUAAGUGGAAGAAAAUUGCUGCUGAAGUCCCUGGUCGUACGGCUAAGAGAUUGGGCAAGUGGUGGGAAGUGUUCAAAGAGAAGCAGCAGAGAGAACAGAAGAAUAACAAGACAGCUGACCCGAUUGUGGAGGGUAAAUACGAUAGAAUUCUUGAAACUUUUGCUGAGAAGUUAGUGAAGGAGCGUGCUGGCCCAACCUAUCUCAUGGGUACUUCAAAUGGUGCGUAUCUUCAUACUGAAACGUCUUCUCCAGCACCAACGAUUCUUCCUCCUUGGCUUUCUAAUUCCAAUGUGUCCUCCAAUGUGAGGCCACCAUCUCCUUCUGUUACCCUGAGUCUGUCCUCGGCAGUGGCACCCUCUCCUCCAAUCCCUUGGCUGCAGCAGGAUAGAGGAUCAGAUAGUAGUUUUGCUUUGGGAAAUUUGCCACAUCAUGGGGUAGUUCCUGCUUCUGGGGAGAACCUAGUGAUAUCCGAGUUGGUGGAGUGCUCCAGAGAGUUGGAAGAAGUGCACCGUGCUUGGGCAGCGCAUAAGAAGGAAGCAUCGUGGAGGUUAAGAAGGGUGGAGUUGCAACUGGAUUCAGAGAAGGCUAGUCGGAGGAGGGAGAAGAUGGAAGAGAUUGAGGCGAAGGUAAAGGCUCUAAGGGAAGAGCAAAACGCUGCUCUUGACAGGAUCGAAGCAGAAUACAGGGAACAAUUAGCAGGGCUAAGGAGAGAUGCAGAAGCGAAGGAGCAGAAGUUGGCUGAGCAAUGGGCGGCAAAGCAUUCGCGUCUCUCCAAGUUUCUCGAGCAGAUGGGAGGCAGACCAAAGAUUGCCGAGCCUAAUGGUCGGUGAGAAAUAUGUGUUAUACAUGUUCAUUGCGGACGUGUGAGGUCCGAAUUUCUGUUUUCUGUUGUCUCUUUUCUUUUGAUCUCGUAUGUUUCUCUUCAGAAAUGCUGUCAUAGGUGUCUAAUUGCUUAUACCGACUGCCUAUAGGCCUGGACUGAAGGACUGUAUUAUCUUUUCGCAGCUAUUACAAUUAUAUUUUUACCUGUU